UCGGGAUCAGGAUCUGGAUCCAGCACCAGGAUCCGCGGUUGGGAUCAGCACCCGGAUCAGGAUCCAGGACUGGGAUCGGGAUCCAGGAUCGGGACCAGGAUCUGAAUCCGGGAUCCGGGACUGGGAUCGGGAUCCAGGAUCGGGAUCAGCACCGGGAUCAAGAUCCAGCACCAGGAUCCAGGACUGGGAUCGGGAUCGGGAUCUGAAUCCGGGAUCGGGAUCCGGGAUCGGCUCCAUGGCCUCGCUCCGCUCCCCGUCCCCCCCGUCCCGCGGGGCUGAGGAGGAUCCCGGGAAUUUGGCGUCCAUCACCAUCCCGGCCUCGCCCUUCAUGCAGAAGUUGGGAUUCGGCACCGGAGUCAGCGUCUACCUGAUGGAAAGGUCUCCCCGCGGCUGUUCCCGCUCCCCCUGGGCCGUGAAGAAAAUCAACUCCGGCUGUUCCGGGAUCCAGCGCAGCCUCUUCCAGCAGCGCCUCCGGAACGAGGCCCGGACCCUGCGCAACCUGCGGCACCCCAACGUCGUCGGGUACCGGGCUCUGGCUGUGGCUCCCGACGGGAAUCUCUGCCUGGCCAUGGAAUUCGGGGGCGAGCGUUCCCUGUGGGAUCGGAUCCAGGAGCGCCGGGAGCGCGGCCGCGGGGCCUUUCCCGCCGGAGCCGUCCUGCGCGUCGGGCUGGGCGUGGCCCGGGGGCUGCAGUACCUGCACACGGAGCAGCGGCUGCUCCACGGCGACAUCAAAUCCCCGAACGUCGUCGUGCGCGGGGCCUUCGAAUCCGUCAAAAUCUGCGACAUCGGAGUCGCCCUGGCCCUGGAUGAGAACCUGGAAGCGCGCGAUCCCGAGCAGCCGUACGUGGGCACGGAGCCGUGGCUGCCUCCGGAGGCGCUGGAGCCGGGCGGGAUCAUCUCGGAUCGCUCCGACAUUUUCCCGCUGGGGCUGACGCUGUGGGAGAUGCUGGCGCUGAGCGUGCCCCACCUGCCCGACAGCAGCGAGGAUUCCUUCUCCUCGGAGGAUUCCCUGCGCUCCGAGGAUUCCCGCUGCUCGGAGGAUUCCGAGGAUUCCUGGGAGCGGCAGUUCCGGGCGCGUUUGGGCUCGCGGCCGCCGCUGCCGGCGGAGGCGGCGCUGGAUCCGGCGCUGGGAUCCGUGCGGGAAUUGUUCUGCGCCUGCACCGCGGCCGAGCCCCGGCAGCGCCCGCCCGCCGCCGCCCUGUGCCGCGCCCUGGAGCCGAUCCCCAUGGCAAUUCCACAGGAACUCCUGGAAGCCCAAACAUUCCCCGAGCUCCGGAACCCGGCAUUCCCGGAGUUCCAGAGCCCUGAUGUUCCCGGAGUUCCGGCCCUGACAUUCCCGGAUUUUCAACUCUGCCGGGCGCUGGAGCCGCUGCCCGUGGGAAUUCCUGAGGAAUUCCAGGAAUGA